UCGUUAGUGCUGCACUGAUCUUCUGGUCUUCCAGUCAGGUUCAUACUGGCACAUGAGAUACAAUACACAGUCAGUACUUUGGCGCUAAUAACAAUCUCCAUAUCUACAAAAACAUCAGGAUCUUCUUCAGUAGUCAGUGAUGACCGGGAGAUGAUGCAACUGUUGGUGAUUUGUGUGUUUGCAGCCAUGUUCAGCUACAUUUCUACCUCUACUGAAGUCUGCACCAAUACCCUCCUACCUGGAGCUAAAGGGGACCAAGGUGAGAUUGGAGAGGAAGGAGAACAAGGAAAACUGGGGAAGAAUGGACCACCAGGACUCCCAGGAGUGCCAGGAGAGACAGGCCUGAAUGGAGAGGUGGGCCACACAGGAAAGAUGGGGUCUGUCGGGGAUAAAGGUGACAAAGGUGACAGAGGUUUGGAAGGGUCCUCGGGUUUAAAAGGGAAACCAGGCACAACAUGUGAUUGCGGCAGGUACAGGAAGGUCGUUGGACAGCUGGAUGUCAAUGUAGGCAAGCUGAGCAAUGCCAUCAAGUUUGUGAAGAAUGUCAUCCUGGGACUGAAGGAAACAGAAGAGAGGUACUACCUGCUGGUGAAGGAACCCAAGAGGUUCAGAGAGGCCUCAAUGAAUUGCAAGCUAAGAGGAGGCAUCCUGGCCAUGCCAAAAACCAGCAACACUAACAGUUUCAUGGCAGACUAUGUCAGUCAGGCAGGACUGACUAGAGUUUAUAUCGGAGUGCAGGCUCAAAGCAAGGACACCGAUGGAACAAGCAGUUAUGUUUAUGCAGACUCCAGCCCUUUGCGGGGCUUUUCAGCUUGGAGCCCAGAGGAGGAGCUACAUUCCAGAGUAUCUCCCACCACAAACUCAAGCUGUGUGGAGCUGCUCAGCACUGGAACGUGGGGUCAUGUGGAGUGUGAAGCCACCAUGUUUUUUAUCUGUGAGUUCCCGAAGAGCAGGAGAAGAGGAGGAGGAGGACCAGGAAGAGGAGGAAGAGAGACACCUGCCUCUGGUGUUAUCAUGAGUCAAUGAGACAUUCAUACUUGCAUGCAAAAGAGAUACACAAAUAUAUCUUGUAUACCAUUGAAAAUUUAUGUGAUGCAUUCAUGUAAUAAAUAAAAUGACUGCGCUUUGA